GUCUACGAGGACACGGCCCUUCGCUUGAUUUCCCUUCAUCCCUUGCUUUGCUUUGCUUGUAGGGGAAGUUGAAGCCGGAGACAAAAGGGGAGCGAGGGAGGUGCAUUUACAUUUAGCCGGAGUCCCGAGCUCGCAUCCAAGCAGAUCGCCUACACCAAAUCCAAAUCCAAAUCCGACCACCUCCAACCGGCGGCAAUGGGUCAAGGAACGCCGGGUGGGAUGGGCAAGCAGGGCGGCGAGCGCAAGCCGGGCGACGGCGCCGGCGACAAGAAAGACAAAAAGUUCGAGCCGCCGGCCGCUCCGUCCCGCGUCGGCCGCAAGCAGAGAAAGCACAAGGGCGCGGAGGCGGCCGCGAGGCUUCCCAACGUGGCGCCGCUCUCUAAGUGCCGCCUCCGCCUCCUCAAGCUCGAGCGGGUCAAGGACUAUCUCCUCAUGGAGGAGGAGUUCGUCGCAGCGCAGGAGCGCCUCCGCCCCCAGGAGGGCAAGACCGAGGAGGACCGCUCCAAGGUCGACGACCUCCGUGGAACGCCCAUGAGCGUCGGAUCCCUUGAGGAGAUCAUCGACGAGAGCCAUGCCAUCGUCUCCUCGUCCGUCGGCCCCGAGUACUACGUCGGCAUCCUCUCCUUCGUCGACAAGGACCAGCUCGAGCCGGGAUGCUCAAUCCUCAUGCACAACAAGGUUCUGUCUGUGGUUGGUAUAUUGCAAGAUGAAGUUGAUCCUAUGGUAUCUGUGAUGAAAGUUGAGAAAGCUCCUCUGGAAUCUUAUGCUGACAUUGGUGGGUUAGAUGCUCAGAUUCAAGAAAUUAAAGAAGCAGUUGAGCUUCCAUUGACCCAUCCCGAGCUGUAUGAAGACAUUGGAAUCAGGCCACCCAAGGGAGUCAUAUUAUAUGGAGAACCUGGAACAGGGAAAACUCUACUUGCUAAGGCUGUCGCUAACUCCACAUCUGCGACUUUCUUGCGUGUUGUCGGAAGUGAGCUUAUUCAAAAGUAUCUUGGUGAUGGUCCAAAACUAGUCAGAGAGCUGUUUAGGGUGGCUGAUGAGUUUUCUCCUUCAAUAGUCUUUAUUGAUGAGAUAGAUGCAAUUGGAACAAAGAGGUAUGAUGCUCAUUCAGGAGGCGAGCGUGAGAUUCAAAGAACUAUGUUGGAGCUGUUGAAUCAGCUAGAUGGUUUUGACUCGCGUGGAGAUGUUAAAGUUAUUCUAGCAACAAACCGCAUUGAAAGUCUUGAUCCAGCUUUGCUUCGGCCAGGCCGAAUAGACCGGAAGAUAGAAUUUCCUUUGCCAGAUAUUAAAACUAGGCGCCGCAUCUUCCAGAUACACACGUCAAAGAUGACGUUAGCUGAUGAUGUGAACCUGGAAGAGUUUGUUAUGACCAAAGAUGAGUUCUCAGGAGCUGAUAUUAAGGCUAUAUGCACGGAGGCUGGAUUGCUCGCCCUUAGAGAACGUAGAAUGAAGAUCAACCAAAGGGAGCACCACACAGCUGCCAAACAAAAAAAUAUCACCACGGUUCUGCUUAGCACCCCCAUGACCCAUCCAUAAUUGAAAGAAACCUGCUAAGGGGAGUGGCACACAGGACCAGCGCAGUUCAUCCCUGAGGCAGCACCUCACAAACCUCACUAUUUUACAUUGAAAAAAAAGAUGCCGCCCACCAAUUCAAGCUUAUCGCCCCCGCCCACCAAUUCAAGGUUAUCGCAGAGGAUAUGAUUCUCAUUAUCUUUCCAAUUCAUCUUCUUGAAUUGUGCGGCUGCCUGAAUUUUGUGUUGAAAAGGUCGCCAAAGAACACUCUUGUGCUUGUGGGUACUUUUGCUUCCAGAGAUCAACUAUUCUGUGUUGAAAAGGUAGCCAAAGAAAUACUCUUACGCUUGUGGGUACUUUUGCUUCAAGAGAUCUUGAGGAAUAAUUUCCAGAAUACUCUAGCCCCCAAGUAACUAGGUCAUUAUCUUCUCCUAAUUGCACUUCCUCCAAAUGAAACGGCUCAUUAUGUGUUCCCAAUUAGCAAGACUGUCCGAUCCAAGUGUCCGAAAUUGAAUCAGCAACGGUAAUAUCUGGCUUGGAACAUAUCUUAAAAAGACGGGUAUUGCGCAUGCAAAUGGGGAUGAUCCCAACCAAAGUAACUGUUAUCAUGCUGAACCAUUGGUUAGCUUUCAUUAGAGCUUUCGAGAACAGCGACCACCCAUGAGGAUGACCAACCCCCUGUUAAAG